AUGCUCUCCUCUAAUAAUGCCUGCUCUGUUCCUACCUCUUUCUGGCUCACUGGCAUCCCAGGACUGGAAUCCCUGCACAUCUGGCUGUCCAUCCCCUUUGGCUCCAUGUACCUGGUGGCUGUGAUGGGGAAUGUGACCAUCCUGGCAAUGGUAAAGAUGGAACGCAGCCUACACCAGCCUGUGUACUUCUUCCUAGGCAUGUUGGCUGUCACUGACUUGGUUCUGUCAACCUCUACGAUGCCCAAACUACUGGCCAUCUUCUGGUUUGGUGUCCACAACAUUGGUGUGGGUGCCUGCUUGGCCCAGAUGUUCUUCAUCCACUGCUUUGCCACUGUUGAAUCAGGCAUCUUCCUUGCCAUGGCUUUUGAUCGCUAUGUGGCCAUCUGUGAUCCACUACACCAUACCUCGGUGCUCACCCAUGCUGUGGUGGGUCGUUUAGGGCUGGCUGCCCUCCUCCGGGGAGUUCUCUACAUUGGACCUCUGCCCCUAAUGAUUCGCCUAAGGCUGCACCUUUACCAGACCAAAAUCAUUGCCCACUCCUACUGUGAGCACAUGGCCGUGGUCACCCUGGCCUGUGGUGACACAAGGCUCAAUGACUUAUAUGGAAUGGGAAUUGGCUUCCUGGUAUUAAUCCUGGAUUCGUUGGCCAUCGCCACCUCCUAUGUGAUGAUUUUCAGAGCCGUAAUGGGACUAGCCACCCCUGAAGCCAGGCUUAAAACCCUAGGGACAUGUGGUUCUCACAUCUGUGCCAUCCUCAUCUUCUAUGUACCCAUUGCUGUUUCCUCUCUCACCUACCGCUUUGGCCAUGAUGUGCCUUCCCAUACCCAUAUCCUUUUGGCCAACAUUUACCUCCUCAUCCCACCUGUCCUCAACCCUGUUGUCUAUGCUGUCCGUACCAAGCAGAUCCGAGAGAGACUUUUCCACAUUUUUAAGGCAGGGGCUCAACUCAGGUGA